AUGUCGAAUUUGUCGAAGCUUGAGUUUGUGGCACUUGAUAUCUCCGGAAAAAAUUACCUAUCAUGGUUACUCAAUGCUGAAAUUCACCUAGACGCCAAAGGUCUUGGUGCCACUAUUACUCAGGAUAAUACAGCAUCGAGUCAGGAUAAAGCCAAGGCAAUGAUUUUCCUUCAUCAUCAUCUGGAUGAAGGAUUGAAGGUUGAAUACCUGAUAGUGAAAGAUCCACUUGAAUUGUGGACUAGUUUGAAGGAAAGAAUUACUUCCCAAUUGAAGUUAUGUGGGGAUAAUAUAACUGACGAGGAUGUGUUGGAAAAGACUCUUACGACUUUUCAUGCCUCCAAUUUGGUAUUACAAUAG